AUGGAUGAAGAUUUAGAUAAAGAAAUAGUAGCAUAUUCCUUACAAAACUCCUCAGAAGCAUUGCUUUCGAUUCAGUUACUAGAUUUCAAAACAACAUUUCUGGAGGCAGUAGAAGAGUUGCGUAUGAAAAGGGAUUCAGAAAAUCUUUACGAGAAACAAAUUAGCAGACAUGUUGCUGAAAAACAGGACCUUGUAUGGCAGAAGGAAGCUGUUCAGCAUGAGAAAGAAGCAUUAAAGAAGCAGCAUGCAGAAGCCAUUACAACUUUAAAAAAACAAUUUCAAGCAAAAAUGAUUGCUAUGGAAGAAGAAAAGGGAAAACACCUGCUUGCUGUGGAAUCAAAAGAAAGAGAAGUGGAAGGACUGAAAGAAACAUUUAAAAACUUACAGAUUUCAAAAUACACAUUGCAAAAGAAGCUUAAUGAAAUGGAGCACAAGAUGCAAUUGUACAAUUCAUCAAAGGAAGAUUAUCAGAAAAGACUGAAUGAAUUUGAAAAAUGCCAUGCAGUUAUAAUGAAUCAAUUUGAAUUAAUAAAAGUUGCUCAUGGGAAAUUAGAGAAAAAUGGUAAAUAUUUAAUACAUUCUGGACACAAUUUAAUAAAUAUAACUUAA